AUGGUAUUGCAACCUGACUUGGUUCUUAAAAGUCACUUUAUUAUCACCAUUGUCCUUGCUGGCAUUGGUUGGAUUAUACUACUUGGUGGUGCCGGGGCCGUAACUUCAGUAAUUGGCAAUGACAAGCAUUUACUUACUGCUGCCUCGGUCACGAAUUAUUUAGCAUCCUUGUGGCUUUACAUAAUAUAUCAACUUGCCAUCAUAAUGAGUCUUUUUAUGAUUAUUGCAAGUGGCACUAUGCUACAUUAUCGAUUUGCUAUUCUGUCGCUUAUAAUCAUCAGUUUCAUUUCUAAUUGCUUUGCCGCUAAUUAUAACUAUGGUUAUGACCCUAGAUUAAGAGCUCUUGUAGCUGGUGCUUCUAUUCUUGCUAUUGUCAAUCUUUUUUGGAUAAUUUUGAUUGGAUCAGAAGAAGAUUCUUCUACAGUAAAAACGAUUGACGGAUUUUAUAAUAAUUUAAAUUUUGAUUUUACACCUCCAAAUAAGAAUAAUUUUGUCGGCACUCGAUUUGCCCCUCAACCAUCACCAAUGUAUACCUCUGACGUUAGAAGCAAUCAAUUGAGUGUGGUUAUAUCUCCUACGGAAACAUCUUCACCUAUACAAGCCAAUAAUACCAUGUAUAUCGCUCAAGUUCCAAUGCAAAAUCAAUAUUCUAGUGCUAUAUUACCUUCAACUUCUACUCAAGCUCAACAAAUUGUUUAUCCUGAAAAUACUCCUAUCCAAGAUCAAAAUUCGACUACUAUUACGACUGUGCAUCAAUCGAUGUAUAAUGGAAAUUUUAAUGAUUAUAAGUACAAAGCUAAAGCUUUAUAUGAUUAUCAUGGAAGUCCAGAGGAUCGUACCGAGCUUUCGUUUGCCAAAGACGAUUAUCUUGAUAUUGCUAGUAAAGAGGGUAAAUGGUGGAAUGCAAGAAAGGCCGAUGGUACAACUGGCAUUGCACCGAGUAAUUAUCUUUCGUUUGCCAAAGCCGAUUAUCUUGAUAUUGCUAGUAAAGAGAGUAAAUGGUGA